AUGUCGUCUGAGUUUCUUGAUAAAGGUGUAGAUCUCGUGAAAAAGGCCAUCGAGGCUGAUUCUGACACUCGAUAUGAAGAGGCCUACAAGCUCUAUUAUAAUGGACUUGACUACCUUAUGUUGGCGAUGAAGUAUGAGAAAAACCCCAAAUCCAAGGAGACCAUUCGAGCCAAAUUCACCGAAUAUCUUGCACGUGCUGAACAGUUGAAGGAACAUCUGGAUACAAAGCAGCAGCAAACACAGACAGGAGAGGCUAAUGCGUCUUCUGGGUCUGUUAAAGCAAGAAAGUCCAAUGGUAACGCUGAAAGUGGCAAUGACGAUAUCGAUUCGGAGACGAAAAAGCUUCGAAGUGCCCUUGAAGGCUCCAUUAUGAGUGAAAAGCCGAACGUGACAUGGGAUGAUGUUGCUGGAUUGGACCAGGCCAAAGAUGCUCUUAAAGAGGCUGUGAUUUUACCUGUGAAGUUUCCUCAGUUGUUCACUGGCAAAAGGAAACCCGUCAGUGGCAUUCUUUUGUAUGGACCACCAGGUACGGGUAAGUCGUAUUUGGCAAAGGCGGUUGCAACAGAAGCUCAAUCGACGUUUUUCUCUGUCUCUUCGUCAGAUUUGGUGAGUAAGUGGAUGGGAGAAUCUGAAAGAUUGGUGAAGCAGUUGUUUCAGAUGGCUCAUGAGCAGAAACCAUCGAUUAUCUUUAUUGAUGAGGUAGACGCACUCUGUGGUCCGAGAGGAGAGGGAGAAAGUGAAGCUUCCAGAAGGAUCAAGACAGAAUUAUUGGUGCAAAUGAACGGUGUUAGCAGUGAUUCGGAUGGUGUAUUGGUUUUGGGGGCUACGAACAUCCCUUGGCAAUUGGAUUCUGCCAUUAGAAGACGUUUUGAGAGAAGAAUCUACAUUCCUUUGCCUGAUUCGGAGGCCAGAAUAGAUAUGUUUAAGCUAGACAUUGGCGAUACUCCUACGGCAUUGAGUUCACAAGACUAUCAUACUUUGGCCCAAAUGACUGACGGUUACUCAGGCCAUGAUGUGGCAGUCGUGGUUAAAGAUGCAUUGAUGCAACCAAUUAGAAAGAUACAAACGGCUACACAUUUCUGUAAAGUAGAAGAGACUGUGAAAGAAGAAGACGGUAGUGAAGAGAUCAGAGUGAGGUAUCAGGCAUGUUCACCGGGAAUGCAAGGUGCGAUAGAAAUGAACUGGAUGGAUUUGGAUGGAGAUCAGAUGAAGGAGCCAGAACUAACUAUGAAGGAUUUCAUCAAGUCCGUUAAAACUAAUAAGCCUACAGUGAAUAAGAAGGACCUCGAAAAGUUCGAGGAGUUUACUAGAGACUUUGGUUCGGAGGGUAACUGA